AUGGAAUUAUGGAAGAUGUCUCGCCUAGCCACGCUAGCCCUAGCGGCCCUAGCGUCAGUUGCACUUGCGAUGCUGAUUCUUUGGGGCACGGCCUCCAAGAUUACUGGAGUUUCCCGCAGCUCGCGAUUGCUGUUUGCCUUGUUUGAAGGGCCAAGUCCCCCAAGGGCCACAAGGCCAAACAUCAUCUGGAUUAUCACAGACGAUCAGGAUCAAGUACUCGGUGGCUCCUUCCCCCCUACAAGCCCAGGAGGUGCGACACCCAUGCCUAAGACCAAGCAGCUGAUGAGCGAUGCUGGCGUCCAUGCACUCAAUUGGCAUAUACACGUGCCCAUUUGCAGCCCAUCCCGCUCGACGCUCCUGACGGGUAGAUAUUUCCACAACAUCAAGCAAGUUGGCGGGCCGCUUGGCGGCAUGCAUGUGAACUACAGCAAGGUCAACAACCACACCUUCGUGCGACAUCUCCAAGAAGCAGGGUACUUAACAGGCAUGUUUGGCAAGUACCUCAAUGUCAUGCCGAACGCUGUACCGGCCGGCUUCAACGAAUGGUUUGCUAACAGCGGGGGCACCUACAUUGCCCCGGAGUUUAUGGUCAAAGGCAUCGAGGGCUUCCCGGAAGGAUGGGUCAAAUUCACCAACUCGCCCUCCAAUUACAGCACCUCGGUGAUCGGCAACAUGUCGCUGGCCUUCAUUGAGAGAGCAAUCAAGGUUCAGAAGCCCUUCUUCGCCUACAUUGCUCCAAAGGCUGCCCACGAGCCCUUCAACCCGGCCCCGUGGUACCGCGAUAGCUGGGUGCUUCGGCCCUUCAGCAGUGCGGCGCGGGUCAUCACCGCAGUCUUCAAAAACCGAUGGCGCACGCUGCUUUCGGUGGACGACCUUAUCGCAGAUGUCAUUUCCAAAGUGGAGGAGUUGAAGCAGAUGGACCGCACUUACUUCUUCUUUUCAAGUGACCAUGGUUUUCAGCUCGGGCAGUUUAACAUCCCCAUGGAUAAGCGACAUGUGUACGAGUGGGACACAAAGAUUCAUCUCUUGGUACGUGGUCCCGGGAUUAAGCCAAGCUCUUCCUUCGCACAGCCUGGCACACAGGUGGACAUCGCGCCUACACUGCUUGGCCUUGCUGGGCUGGAUGCACCGCAGCAUUAUGACGGCAAGUCCAUCGCACGCUUCCUCAUCCACUCAGAGCUUGAG